AUGCGCGGGGCGCGGGGGAGCAUCGAGCGCAACGCGAACGCCGUCGGCGGAAACCUGGAGCGCGCCAUCCGCAUUGCGCGCGGAAACCGCCAAUUGCCCGCCUAUCUCCUCUUCCUCGUCGCGCUGAUCUCCCUAUCGGUCCUUAUUUCCCAGUCCUCUGAUUGGACGCCGUCCGCGGUCUUCGACAACGCCGAUUCGAUAACGGUCUCUUUUCCCUCCGAAACCGACUCUAGCGACGCGAAGGCAGAAGCGGGAGGUGCGAAUGCUAGUGGUGCGGGUAACGGACCUGAGGGUGGAUCGCAACCGCUGUCGGAGGCCGCGUUCUUAAAUCGAACGCUGGUGCUGGACACGAUGGUGUGCUUAAACGGGGCGCAUACUAACGAGGGGUAUGGGCUGGUGCGGCCGCUCUAUGCCUACUUCGACUUGCACGAGUUAAAGAGCCACCUCCCCUUCACGCCACUACAGGGCUUCAGGACAGUAGCCCCAUCCGCCCAUCUCUCCACUCUCAUCGCUCCCAAGCUCGAGCCAGCAGCCGCGCUGGCAGAGGGGGUGAGGAGGGACGUGCAACUUAUUAUCCGGAAUCUCACUUCCUCUACGGAUUUUGGGUUUGCUUCCUGUGACGCACCAGAGGGGGCGUCGCUCCCACGCAACUGGACUCUGCUGCCCAUGCGGAAGGAGCUCCAGUGGGUUAUUUCCAAUAUUACACUCCAAAUGAAUAACAGCAACUACGAUGUAGUGCACGUGCGGCGGGGGGACAAAGUCCUGGACUCAAAACGAUGGCCCAACCUCGACAAGGACACACGACCUGACAGUCUCCUCAAGCGUCUACUGGAGCUGGUUCAGCCUGGUAGAUUCCUCUACAUUUCAACGGACGAGCGUUCUCCGGGUUUCUUCGACCCCCUAAAAGAAAAGUUCAACGUUCGGAUGCUCGGGGAUUUCAAGGACUUAUGGGCACCGGGGAGUGCGUGGUAUCAAGUCUACUCGGACAUGCUGGGGAAGGAUGUUACUUUCGACUCGUACAUGGAGGCAAUGGUGGACUAUGAGGUUACAAGGCUGGCUCAAAAGGCCAUUGAGACGUUCAACGACCUCACCAGUGAUCCUAGGGAUGGCAUGCAAUCAUGA